GGGUCCUGCUGUGCUUAGCCCAGGAGGGGCCGGCUCAGCUGUCAGGGGGAUUGGGCUGGCCACUGGAGCUGGAUGUAGCACACAGCUGCAUAGGGCACCAGGAAAUUUUGGGCAAUUUGGUGCCCCAAAUUUCCUGUUGCCGUAUGCAGCUGCAUAGUUUGCGUAUAGGUAGGGAUGGCCCUGGGCACCUGCCAGCGCCUGGUGGACCAUUUAUUCAAAGGGAUAGAGAAUUUUGCCCUGGCAUAUAUUGAUGAUAUCUGUGUUUUUAGCCAGACCUGGGAGGAUCAUGUUUCCCAGGUUAAACAAGUGCUGGGCAAGAACUUUCCCAGUCCACUGGUUAAAGUGGCCCUGUCAGUUCGGUCUCGGAGCGGGGAGAGAUGUGAUGAAGCAGGGUUUUAUUCAUCUUGUUAUGUUGCAUGUGCGUCUGACUGUCCUAUACUAAUACUAUGAGUACAAGUUUCCCUGUGUACUGCACCAAUAUUCGGUGGUGGGAAUUGGGUGUGUGAUUUUUGCUCAGGCCCUUGGGGCAGGUGAAGCUGUCCAGCUGUCUGCACGUAUGUACCUGAGACCCAGGAGGGGGAUGUGACCAGGUGACAUCUUUUGCUUGGAAAGCAGGACAAAGAGGAGGAGGAGCAACGGGGGUGUCAGAGGGUGGGUCACUGGAAGCUGGGCAGGCUGCAGGGGGGACUGGAAGAGGGGGAGUCCAGGCUGUCUGGCCCAGGACUCCCCAAGAUGGACUUGGCUGAAAGUCACUGAUUUCUGUGACAGCAAGCUCUGUUCUACGCUGUGUUUCUGUCAGCUAAUAAACCCUUCUGUUUUACAUGCUGAGAGUCACUGCUGACUGUAGGAGGAGGCUCCCCAAGAGCCCCGCCCGGGUGGACUCGCUGCGGGAAGCACACAGGGAGGAAGGAGAUGCUGAAUGCUCUAAGGUCAGAGCAGAAAGGUCAAAGCUGGGCUAUGCUAAUGAAGUUGGAGAGUCCUUCAGAGCCAUUGUGCCUAUCUCGCUGGUCUGGGCGAGCUACGGGGUGGCGACCACAUACGUGAUGGCUGACGCGAUUGAUAAGGGAAAGAAGGCAGCUGUUGGUCCCUGCUCUCCAUGCUCUCUGUGCUGCACCCAUCAGGCACAAGAACACGACGUGGGGAAGCCGACGCAGGUGGCCGUGGCUGUGGUGGAUACAUUUGUGUGGCAGGCGCUGGCCUCUGUGGCUAUCCCCGGCUUCACCAUUAACCGCAUCUGUGCUGCCUCCCUCUACUUCCUGGGCACCGUGACACACUGGCCCCUCCCCAUCCGGAAGUGGAUGACCACAGCAAUCGGCCUCUCAGCCAUUCCUGUCAUCAUCAAGCCCAUUGACAGGUCAGUGGAUUUCCUGAUGGAUUCCAGCCUCCGCAAACUCUACGGUGCUGAAGAGAAACAUCGUCCUUCUUGAGGCAGCCCCCUUACAUGGCUGGGGGAGGGGGGAGAGGGGGGGGGAGGAGAAGAGGACACUCCUCUCACCCACCCAGCUCCACAUCUCACAACUGAUGACACUGUAUUUAAAGUAACUUUCUGCUGUUAAGCCAACUUACUGUGACAUGGGGGCAGGAGAGCAAGUGGGCUGGGCAGCCCUGCCCCAGCACAGGCUCACCCCUGCUUCAGAGGCAUUAGCACUAGCCCUGAAUUGCCCAGCCCAAAUGCUGGAGGCCCAGCUGUUCUGGCAGCAUGAGAUUUCAGGGUUGUUCUUGGUCCUUUGUGGCCAGGGGGGAGAAGAGAGAGAGGAAAAGUGCAAUUGUUAUCAAAACCCAGUGGUGCCAGGGGAUAUUAAUACAGACUAGGGCUGGCAUAUUCUGUAGUUUAUGAAGCCCCUGGGACAGGUUAG